CAUUAAAUAUCGUUUUGGGAACGAUAACAGAUGAAAAUAGAUUUUUUUCCCGACACAAUAACGCAAUAAGCAGAAUAAUGGUAUUCAAAAAAUUUUGUUUUACAAAGUGAUUACAACGAUUACACUAGUGAUUACACUAGUGAUUACAACGUAGAGUAAAAUUCCGAAAUUCUCAAUUUAGACAGUGCAACAUGGGACAAUAUAUAGCAAAGGAAGGCGGUUUUGUAAUAACAACUCAUACUGAUGAGGAACUUCAAAGUAAAAUAAUUAAAUACAGUUAUAACUGGAAAAUAGAAAAUUUUUCAACACUCAAACAGGAAAUGGGAAGCGCAAUAACGAGUCAGAGAAUAAAAAUAAAUUGCGCGGAAUUGGAGAAAAACAACACUUCAACAGAUGAGUGGGAAUUAGUUUUCUAUCCACGUGGUUUCAACCAAAGAAGUGCUGAUUACGUUUCUAUGUGGCUUAAGAGGAUAUCUACACACGAAAGGUUAGUGCGAUUUACAUGUGCAAUACAAGGAAUAACUUCAGAGGAAGGCCGAGGCACGAAGGAUAAGUCUGCAGAAAAAGAGUUAGUGAAAAAAACAAUAGAGGCAAAACUUUCCUUGGAAUCUGCAAUAGGAUGGUCAACGUUUUGCAAAAGAAGUCACAUUUUGGAUGAAAAAGAAUUUUUAAAAGAUGGCCAUUUGACACUCAAAUGCACUUUGGAAGUUUUUGAAGACAGCAACAUGCCUCAUCCAGUGCUCGAAGACGAAGAUCCUUACUUGGACGCCACAUUUGCAGAGCUAUCAAAAGAUUUGAAGGAAUUGCUUAAAGACAAGAAGAAUCACGAUGUCACGUUUAAAGUAGAAAAAGAACUAUUUACGGCGCAUAAAGCCAUUCUUAGUGCGAGGUCACCUGUAUUCCGAGUUAUGUUUGAAUUCGAAUCAACAGAUCAAGAACAAGAAAUCGUUAUUACUGAUGUAAAAAAAGAAGCUUUUAGAGCGAUGCUUCUUUUUCUGUAUUCCGGAGAGAGUCAAAUGAUACCAUUUGAAACGGCAUUCGAACUGUAUUACGCAGCUGAUAAAUAUGAAUUACUCAGUUUAAAAAGAAGAUGUUCGAAAAUGCUUGAAACAUACUUGACCAUCGAAAACGCAGUUAAAACUAUCGUCCAAGCAAACAGGCAUAACGAUAGACAGCUACAAGACGCUUGUAUACGUUUCAUCACAAAAAAUGCUGCUGAGAUACAGAAAAGAGGAGAAUGGAUGAAUUUGAUGAAAUCCUCACCAUCACUUGCAAAUGCUGUAUUCGAAAACUUAACGCAUGGAACAUAAAUAAGGUAAAUGUAAAGACAUUAUUAAUCAAAUCUUGGUCGUUACAAAAGAUGAAAUUAGGUUGCAGCUUUCUAUAAAAGAACAUUUACACGAAAGUAGACAAAAUUUGUCUAACACAAGAUAAAUUAAAUCAGUGUUACUCAGUUGCAGCUCAUGUAUUAGUGAUUAAAAACCUGACUAAUUUUGUAUGUUCUUUAUUUAUGCCAAAUUAAUUUAGCUGAAGGGAAAUAUUCUUAAAUUUUCAUUAAAAUAUAUUUAAGUGA